CUUGACGCGCGGCGAUAAAGCAUCAAAAUAUAAUUUGUGUGAUUAAACUCGUGCCGUUAAUCCACCGUCAUGGCGCCUUAAAGCAGCGGAGGAAGCCGCGGGUUCGUGCUCGGAUGUUGACCGGAGUCAGUGCGCUGUUCUCCGCUGAGCCGUGACGCUGCGCCCCCCGAAACCCACACGGCUGCGGCCACAAUGAGCUCGGAGCAGCAGGGCGCCAGCGAGGACGCCGACGAGUCUCAGGACAGGCCCGACGGCGACAAAGAGCUGAACCCCGGCGUGGACGACUCGGACGACUCGGAUGAUGAUGACAUCCCCCGGGAGGUGGCACCGGCUCGGCCCCGGAGCAGCGAGGAGCGACCGGAGCGAGGGGAGCGAAGCGAGCGCGGGGGCGGCGGCGGUGGCGCAGGGUCCCCGGCGCCCGGCGCGCAGGAGCCCCCUUGCCCGCCGAGCACCGCGCCGCAGCCGGGGAGCAGCGGGGCGGACAGCGUGUUCUCCUGGCUGCGGAGCAGGACUAUCAGGCGAGGGUUGUUUGUAGACCCAGCCAGAGACAACUUCAGGACAAUGACCAGUCUGUACUGCUCCAUGAACCCGGCCACGGAGUCCGUGAACCUGAGCACCCAGACCCACGGAGCAGUGUUCAACCUGGAGUACUCCCCGGACGGGUCGGUGCUGACUGUGGCCUGCGAGCAGACGGAGGUCCUGCUGUUUGACCCCAUCUCCUCCAAACACAUCAAAACCCUGACGGAGGCCCACGAGGACUGUGUCAACAACAUAAGGUUUUUGGACAAUCGCUUGUUUGCCACCUGCUCCGACGACACCACUAUUGCAUUGUGGGAUCUCCGCAAGCUGAACGCAAAGGUGUGCUCUCUGCACGGCCACGCCAGCUGGGUGAAGAACAUCGAGUACGACACCAACACGCGGCUGCUCGUCACGUCGGGCUUCGACGGCAACGUCAUCACGUGGGACACUAACAGGUUUACAGAGGACGGCUGCCCGCACAAAAAGUUCUUCCACACCCGCUACCUGAUGAGGAUGCGUCUGACGCCCGACUGCUCCAAGAUGCUCAUCUCCACGUCCUCGGGGUACCUGCUCAUCCUCCACGACCUGGACCUCACCCAGUCCCUGGAGGUGGGCAGCUACCGGAUGCUGCGGGCGCGACGCACCCCCCUCACCUCCGACGGCGGCUCGUCGGCACACAGGUCAGCUGGAACUCCUCGCCACGGAAAUGACUCCAGCAAGAUCCACCCUCACAGAGAAGGACUUUCUCCCCGGAAUAGUCUGGAGGUGUUGACUCCAGAGAUCCCAGGAGAGAGGGACAGAGGGAACUGCAUCACCUCCCUGCAGCUCCACCCAAAGGGCUGGGCCGCGCUCAUCCGCUGCUCCAGCAACAUGGACGACCAGGAGUGGACGUGUGUGUAUGAGUUCCAGGAUGGAGCGCCCACCCGCCCGCUGGUCUCCCCCCGCUGCUCGCUCCGCCUCACCCACUACAUCGAGGAGGCCAACGUGGGGCGGGGCUACAUCAAGGAGUUGUGCUUCAGCCCGGACGGCCGGCUCAUCUGCUCGCCGUACGGCUACGGCGUCCGCCUGCUGGCCUUCGACGAGCGCUGCGGCGAGCUGGUGGACUGCCUGCCCGUCCAGACCAGCUGCCUCAAGGAGAUCCGCUCCAUCUACUCGCACAGCGACGUGGUGCUCACCACCAAGUUCUCCCCCACACACUGCCAGCUGGCCUCGGGCUGCCUCAGUGGGCGCGUGGCGCUUUACCAGCCCAAGUUUUAGCAUCCGGGGCGAUCAGAGGACGAUGCACUGCAGACCUGGGUCGAGACGCGCUGAUCGGGAACUAGAUCAGGAACGAUUCUGAAGUUGCACUGCCCCAAAAAUAUUAAAUGUGCAGCUUCAUAUUUUCUCUGAUUUUAGACCCUUGUCGUCUAAUAUACGCAGAAAUUUGUCAUUCAAAACACUCUGGCCUCUUCGGUAUCAUUCGGUGUAAACUACACAAUACAUGCAGAUAUUUCACAUAGUGUGACACAUCUAAAAGUCACUUCUCUUUGAGGCUCGUUUGACUUUAAAACACUUAUUUGAACCCGAACCCUUAAAAAAAACACCCAUCUGGAAACUAAUCUGGUUUAAGCAGAUCUCAAAUAACUUCUCUGAGCGCCUCUUGACUCGGGUCUGCAGCUGUGGAGCCGACUCAGUUUGUUCGGAAAAGGAGAAGAAGAAGUCUUUGGCAGCCCCCCCCCCCCCCCCCCACUGACCAGACUGCAGCAGUGGAUGGAAUCUUUCAGCCCGUCUGAACUUCACUGGGUUAAAAAGGACCAGGGGGCUUUGCCAUCUACUCAAAAACUUUGACUCUCUUGACCGGGGAUCGUCGUGACUCUUCUGUGGCUGUUUUUUCACACGAGAUGAAUUUUGGUUUCUCGCUGUAGAAAACUUUGACUUGUUGUGAGACUCGGGACGUCCACGUGUUGCUGUGUCGGCAGAAAAAAACACUAAGGAUGCAAACAGACGUUGAUCCACUGAUUCCUCCGUGGCCGAACGCCUCGCUCUGCUCAUGCCUUCUUUUCUACAGGUGCUGCUUCUCUGCUCAUACAAUCUGAACUUUAAAGGACCUCAUCGUUGUCGCCUUUCUCCUCCACUUCUGACCCACCUUUACUUUUUCUCCUCCACCUCUGCCCUGUUGUUUUCGGUUUCAUCGUGUGAAUGUUUUUACUGGUGACAUCGGUGGAACCGCGUCGGCACUGCUCACAGCACGGUGCUCGUUUCUCUCCACAGUUUGGGUUUAUCUUCAGUCUGUGAAAGGAAACUUUAUGCUCUCUGAAAAGAGAAAGUCCACCUGCUGUUACGAUCACAAAUCUACAAUUUAAAUCCCAACAGUAUCAAGGAAAUCAGACAUUUCAAACCACAUCUUUUCCCCCAAAGGAUUUAUUUUGAUCUCUCAAAAUCAGUCCACUGGUUCCCUUUGAGAACAGAAAUAUCUAUAAUCCGCUCACAAAUGUAGUUUCUCGUUUCUGGCACUGUAGCUGUAACUCAAACAAAAGUAAAUUGUGAAAUUGGUCGGGAGAAGUUACUUCAACUCAUUUUGGUUCACGAGUGAAUGAUUCCGCAGCAGGAUGGUGUUUGUUGGAUUAAGUCAAAACUAGAAACUUCUGUCAAGGCCCCAUAAUCUCCUUUAUAAAACUAUGUUUACAUUUGAUAGAUCUUUAUUAUGUAUGUGGAUCUGUGUGUAUAAAUAUCAGUGCCCUACAAAUUAUUUUCUUUAAGAUCCAUGAAUUAUUAUCUGAGAUAUAAGUGUAAAUGUAAAGAAAUAGCCUGGAUCCAGUUGCUUCUCUGGGUUUUGCACCAAACUUUAUUGGGUUCUUUCCACAUUCUGCCUCCUUCUACCAAGUUUCACCACAAACUGUUUUUACUUAAUCCUGCAAACUUAACUAACACCAAUGAAAACCAAGCCUCCAUCUAGUUCACAGGGAAGAAGGGAAAUGUUCAUGUGUUUUUAACAGUAUCACAGAUAAUAUUUGUUUGUAGAAUCAGAUCAGUUUGUUGUUUUUUGUCUUGUUGAUGUUUUGUGGGCUGAAGAAUCUUCUUCAGUUUCAUAUUCACAGGAUUGUUGAUUCCUCUUCAUCAGUAUUUGGUUCCUUUCCUCUCAUCUCAUCCUCUCGUCACAAAUGCUUUGUUUUCUUUCUUCUCUCAGUAGCGAGCGGAUCCCCUCGACUGUUUAACCACUGUUGACGCUUUGUGUGUGAAACCUGUGUAGUAUAUCUGCUGUAAGAACCAAGCACACGUGUGGGUGUGCGAUGUAAAGUGGCUGCGGUGCAAAGCGACUGCAGCGUAGAUCAUUAUGUGCUGUCGUGUGACCGAUAGAUAAGAGUGUACUACUAUGCAGACCGGCCUUUAUGAAGAUUCAACCUUCUUAUUUAUGUGAGCGUGUCGCUCCGCGUGUGCAGCUGUCAGAUGCCAAAAUGUGACCUGAACGUACACAUCUGCUCUUAUUGGGUUUUAAAAUAUUUCUUUACAUGUUGCAAAAGCUUCAACUUAAAAAAACAACAAAGAUUUGUUUGACUUCUUGGGGAAAUGAGCCGGUUGUCUUUUCCUGUGGGAGAGUGAGGAGAGAAUGUUGCUUCCACUGUUUAUCUGCAGUGAUUUGGCCUCUCGGGUAUAAUUUUGAUCAAAACCAUCCAGAAAUGAACAGAACUCAAAAUGUGGGAACGCUGAAAACACCCGGACCCGGAGUCUCCAGCUCGAUAAAGUGUGGAGGCCGUGUUCACUCCCUGCUCACGGUUAAAUACAUGUGAACUGAACGCAGCUUUAAAAACUAUAAUAUAAACAGAAAUAUGAUGUUAAACUGUUUUUUAUCUGCAGCGGUGUGGCCUCUUCAGUCUCAUUUAGUUUAUAUGAAUCAAAUCAAUCCAAAAACGUGAACAAUAAAAAGUGUUGGAAACUUAAAUAACAUUUUCUGACAUAAGUUUAAAAGUGAUCACAGAACCAGACGGGUGAGAUUUACAGACCUCAUCAUCUCAUAUAUGCAGAUAUUUGUUGUGCCAGACUGUAUUCGAUAUAAUUUAUUAUCAGUUAUUCAAAAACCAUCAGAGGAAAUUACAUUUGUUCAACGUUAAAUAACAUAAAGCUUCAAAAACGUUUCCUGGCCUUUGUUUUAAAGUGCUCGGGGAACCAGAUUUACACAAUGCAGAUAUUUCACAUCAAGUUCCAAACGUCUCGGCUACAGGUCAGUGUUCCCGGAGGUUAGGUUGACUUUAAACACUUUUUUAUGUAUUGUGAUUUUCCUGUAACCCUCGGACUGACUGAAAACCCAUCUGGAAGCUAAACGGGAUAAAGUAAAUUAAAAAAAACACAAUUUCAAGCACCUCUUCAGUCAAGUCUGCAAUUUCCCGCUCAGAGUUUUAAGGAGGUGUCCUGAACAGAAGCUUCACAGACGUCAACACUCUCGAUAAACUCUCUGACAGAAACUGACACAGGUUGAAUCAACAAACUAUAUAAAAAGUCUUCUAACCACAGGUGUAACUCAGCCACAUCAUGGUUGUGUGUGUGUGUGUGAGGAAGGAGGCGUUGAACACUUUGUACCUCAGUGCUCACGAUGUUGGUGUUUCUCUCUCAGCUCCGUCAAUCAGGGACUUUUUGUUUUCCCUGAUUUCAUAAAUAAUCUACAUCUACAGUAACAGGGGUCGAGCUGAAGGUCAAUGGAGCCUCAGGCUGAACAUGAACUCCAAAGCUCUUCACACAGAAGUGUCUUAUCUCUGUUUCACUUCAAGUGAAGAAACAAAGGGAUUCAGUUUGUUAUGAUGCUUCCUUCUCGUUUCCUUGUCUCCUCUGACCUGGCUCCUGUUGAUUGAAUGUUCUCUGCUCUCUACUUGUGCUCCGUCACCUCCCAGCUGAGCAGGUGGAGGCGCAGGAGACACACAAACAUGUUGAGUUACACACACAUUGUUGUUUCCUUCCUGGCUUCAAACGGCAAGUUGUCCCCACAACGGUACUUAUUCUGAUUCUCACAGAAAUUAAAGGUUGGCUUCUUUUGCACUGCG